UAAAUAACUUUUUUUUUUAGUAUUUCUACUAAUCGGUUCAUCUUGUAAGACUAAUUCGGCCGGGGGCUGAGAGCAACAAGGGUACUCCCCCUCCUAACAGAUGCGUUUCCUGGGUGUAGAACUUGAAUCCUCCAUAACUAGCUACCAAAUGAAUUAACGAGGUCAGGUCACACAAAGUAAGGUACAUAUAGAUAGUAUAGCGCAAAUUAAGCUUUGCAUUGGACAAUUGACAAAAGUGCCCUCUUAUUUAGAGUAAUUUGGAUUUUGGACAUAAGAGUAAGUGAAUGGGGAUGGCAGUGCAAGCCAGGUUUGGGGCAUGGAACCCAAUUCGCAUAGUACAACGUUGGGGCGAUCGAGAAGACAGUUUCAAAUUGAAAGAGGCGGGGCGGUCUCCGGCGGAGGAAUUUGCACCAUUAGCCACGAAAUUUCAGCGGCGGCUUCUUGUGGGCGUUGGGUCAGCUUCACUUGUAGCCGUGGGUGCAAAUUUUGGUGGCAUCACCAGUUUUCUUCUUGGUUUGUCACCAAACAAUGGCCGUAAUCUGAAGCUGGACCUGCUUUAUCCCAUUGGCGGCUUCAAACGUUGCUUUGACACAAGGGAAGGAUUCGAAUUCAUAUACCCAGCAAAUUGGGUUGGAGAUCAGACGCUGCUGUAUCGAGCUGCUAAGAAAAGAGAAAUGGAAAGAUCAUUGGAUCCUCCUCCCCUCAAUGUACGUACACGUUCUAACAUCAGUGAACCGGUUGUUGCAUUCGGUCCCCCUGGUUCAAGUGGCGAACUCAAUGUUAGUGUUAUUGUCUCUUCUGUUGCUCAAGGCUUCUCGAUUGAAGCAUUUGGAGGGCCGGAGGAGGUGGGUGAAGCUGUGGUUCGGACCAUAACAGGAUCAGGGCAGCGCCCUGACGUGAAGGGUACAUUGAUAAAGUCAAGUUUGAGACAGGAUUCUGUUAGAAAUGUCACAUACUAUGAACUGGAGUUCAGAGUUGAAAGUCCUUCGUUUCGGCGACACAACGUUUCCGUCUGCUGCGCUCGUGGUGGUAGGCUUUUUACGUUAAAUGCUCAGGCACCUGAAUCAGCUUGGCCAGUAUUGAAGUCAGAUUUCUAUAAAAUUGCUGAUUCAUUCAGCCUCACAACUUAGUGAUUCAAAAUGAAGCUUC